UCCUGCCUCGACAUGGACCUGGUGACACGUCUCGUGUGUGCUCUGCUCCUGCUGGCCCUGCUGCUGGCAGUGGCUCCCUCCCCAGCAGUGGGAAAGGAGCUCUGCCCACAGCCCUGCCACUGCCCACGGCGUGGGCGGCUGGACUGCCGGCACACCGGCCUGGCCACCGUGCCCCCGGGCAGCCGCCACUGGCCCCUUGCCGUCCUAGAUUUCACUGGCAACUCCAUUGCUGCUGUUGGAAAAAAAGCCUGGAAGUACUACCCAUGGACUGAGACCUUAGUGCUCAGGGACAAUGAGCUGCGGGCAGUGAAGAGCCAUUCCCUGGAGGGGCUGUUCCUGCUGAAGCACCUGGAUUUGUCCUGCAAUGAGAUCGUGUCCAUUGAGGAACGGGCUUUUGAGCCACUGCCUUUCCUGAAGCUUCUAAACCUCUCUGGGAAUGGCCUCACGCACAUCCCCAGCGGCACUUUCCAGGCCUGGCAUGGGAUGCAGUUUCUCCAGGAGCUGAUCCUCAGCUGUAACCCGCUGGCUGUCAUUGCUGACCCUGCCUUCUUCAAGCUGCCCUUGGUGAGCUCUCUAGACCUGAGUGGCACCCAAGCGACUCCACAGAUGCUGCUGCUGCUCCUGCAGACCACACUGAGCUUGGAAACCCUCCAAGUGCCCAAGGAGGUGGCCUGCUGCCUGUGCCAGGAGCGUCCCCUCCCCGAGAGCCCGUGCAGGAGCAUCCAGUUCCUCUGUGAGAAGCUGUGCAGCAGCAGCGCCCCGCAGUGCGCUCACACAAGUCUGCUACAGACACGGGCAGAAAUAAUGGACAUGGAACAACCCAGGAAGCUGAACACCAGCCCAGUGUUGAGCCUCAAGCCCAUGGAGCCUUCACUGGGAGGUCAUGGAACUGUAACACUUGCGGUUGCCCUGACCCAGAGCAAUGAGGGUGAUGUCAGCAGCCUGGACAAUUCCAGAAGCAGUUCAUAUCCCCCUCAGCAUCUCUUGGGGCACAAAGGCAAAACAAGUGUUGAUGACCUGAGGGCCAAGCUCAAGAAAAAGCUGCUCAAGAAGAAGCUGCUCAAGGCUGAAAGAAUCAAGAAUGUGAAAAGCCUUGUCCCAUACCGUCCCCCGCCUGCCAGACUGAAGAAUGUCGUGGAAAAUACAUCCUCAAGCUGGGAUCAAAAGCAGCAGGACUCACGUUUAAACUGGAAAGCAAUGAACCCUUGGGAUGUAGGUGGUGCGUUAAACCCCACCCAUGACAAGUCUCCUGACAGACACCUCAGAGAUGAGGUGGAAGAUGAAGCUGCAAGGCAGAACUAUGGCAGUACUCACAAACAGCCAAAGAAGGGGGACAGCCAGCACUGGGUUGGACAUAAUCAGCUUUUCUAUGAGACGUUGAGCCCUGUGCAAGCAGAGGGACAGCCCAGAGCCACCCCCGUCAAAGCCGAGCAGCUUCUAAACAGGAACCUGGAUUUUCUCUCUGACCCGUUGGUUCAGAGCCGCCCCGCUGUGAGCAGCAGAGCAGAGGCCACGGCUGAAGGGGAGCAUUCCUCUCUAGGCUGGCACCCUCUGAUCAUCCCUGACACCACAGAGGAGGCAGACUCCAUGUUCCUCAAUAAACCUCGGAGGGCCCACAGUCCACACCUUGCGCCAGUUCCAGGGGAACUCUUGGAAACUACAGUCAGUCAUCACCUGCGCUUGCUGGUGCCAGACAAAGGCCUGCAGAGGUUCAUGGCUCACAUGGAGCGAGCCCUGAGGAUGGACUGCAGCCUGCCCCAGCUGAAACAUGCCUGUGCCAAGAUGGUCUCGAAGGCCGGGCUGCUUCUAAAGGUUCUCAGUGAGAGGCAAGAGAACCAGGGAGCUUCUGAUCACAUGAGCCGCUGUCGUCUGCAAGAGAAUAUCUCCAGACGCACAGCUUUGGAGGAGAAUCAGGAGCUCACAGAGAAGCCAGAGCCAGAGACCAUGGAUGACACGAUCACGUUCGUUGUAUUGCUGUCCAUCAUCGCAAUCAUUUUACUGAUACUGAAGGGUGUCUUCCACGUGUGUUCCCGAUGUGCUGCACCUGUUUGCCGACAGCUACUCAGCAGUCAGUUAUGGCUGAGAAGGUUGUCCCUAAAACUGCAACAGAGAUGGAGGAAGAACAAGUACAGGGAGUUAGUGGAUGCAGAGCAGGACUUGCCUGAGCUCAGCGAAGCUGAGUUGCUGUUGGUUCAAUACAUCAUGGAUGUCCUUGACAAAGAGGAAGAAGAAAUGCAGAAACAAAUGCAGAAAGAGAACACGGAUGUCUUGCAGGGACAGACACACGUGAAAAUCUACAUUGAGUGAGAGAAGGUUUUCAAGAUGUAGAGAAUAAGAAUGUAGGAUGGCAUCCCUUGCUCUCCAGCUCCUAUUCUGCACAUCAACAGCCAAAACUUUCCUUGGAUGCUAUCUUCUUAUCUACUUCCUUGGAUCCUAGUUCUUGCUUUUGUGACUAUUUCCUUGGUUGUUUCCUUAUUUCUAUUUCUUUGACUCUUUCCUUGCCCUUGUUUCCUUGGAUGUUGUUUCUCUGCUGUUAUUCCAGAUGAAAGAAGCCUAAGGAAAUGCUGUUCCCCAGAGACAAGAUGUUCCAGCCUGGGCCCUGCCCUGCAUCCAGCACCCCAUGAUCUGAACCACUGAGUGCAUGACCACUCUGUGCUGGGGAGGGUGCUGCUGGGUAGCUGCCAUAUUUAGGGCAGCCCAAAGUCUUCUAGUUACUGGGACUGGGCUGCCCAAGCAGUCACUGCAUCCAGGCGACAGAGCUGCAGCCUUCCCAGGGCCAUGGCAUCGUGAGGGCACCCUGCACAUGUGACCCUGCAAAGCCCCCUGUGUGCACCUUUUGUGUUUGUUCCCAGCUGGGAAUGUUCUCCCAAUAAAUAGUUUUUGUACAGAGUGUCCUGGAGGUGUCUAUGUAGUUGCUGGGCUGUGCCCAUUUCUGUGGGGCUGCACACACAUGUCCAGCAUUGUGCUUGUGUACCUGGUGCCAGAUGCAGGUCUCACGUUUAAACUGGCAAGCACUGAACCCUUGGGAUGUAGGUGGUGCGUUAAACCCCACCCAUGACAAGUCUGCUGACAGACACCUCAGAGAUGAGGUGGAAGAUGAAGCUGCAAGGCAGAACUAUGGCAGUACUCACAA